AUGUCCUCCAAUGAGUACUUCACGUUUCGAUGUAGAAAUUUUCUAUUAUAUUUAUUUAUAAUUAGUCUUCUAUUAAAUUUAUUAAUAUUUGAUGUUCAAGGAAAUGAAAAUGAAAAAAAAACAAGUGAUAUUGUUAAUGAUUAUUUAGAAAAAGGCAAAAAAUUAUUAGCUACUGGACAAUUAUCAGAUGCUUUAUCACAAUUUCAUUCAGCUAUUGAUGUCGAUCCAAAAAAUUAUCUUGCUUAUUUUCGUCGUGCAACAGUUUAUUUAGCAAUGGGAAAAUCAAAAUCAGCACUACCAGAUUUAAGUAAAGUUAUUGAACUUAAACCAGAUUUUAUUGCUGCUCGUAUGCAACGAGGAAAUGUUCUAUUAAAACAAGGUGAUUUUGAUGAAGCUAAAAUAGAUUUUCAAAAUGUGUUAAAAUUAGAUUCAUCAAAUAGUGAAGCACAUCAUCAAUUUGAUUUAACUGAACAAAUGAAUCAAAAAGUUCAACAAGCAGAAAAUUUUUAUAAAAAUAAUGAUCAUAUAAAAACUAUUGAACUUCUUUCAGAUGUUAUUGAGCAUUGUCCAUGGUCAAUAAAAUUACGUGAAUUACGUGCUAAUAGUUAUUUAACAUCAGGUGAUACAUCAAAAGCAGUUAAUGAUCUUAAAGCUACAUCAAAAUUAAUACCUGAUAAUACACAAGCAUUUCUUAAAAUAAGUCAAUUACUUUAUUUAAUGGGUGAUGCUGAUGAUAGUUUAACAAAUAUUCGUGAAUGUCUUAAAUUAGAUCCUGAUCAUAAAGAAUGUCAUACACAUUAUAUUAAAGUUAAAAAAUUAGCUAAACAAUUAGAAAUUAUACAUGAUGCAAUAAGUCAAUCAAAUUGGAAUGAUUGUAUUGAAAAAGCUCGUCAAAUUCUUAAAUUAUCUUCAGAUUCAUCAUCAUCAAUAUUUGUUUAUCGUGCACAUUCAUCAUUAUGUACAUGUAUGUCACGUGGAAAAUUUCCAGCAAUAGAUACAAUUAAAUUAUGUACAGAAGUAUUAGAUACAUAUCAUACAACGGAUGCUGAAAUUUUAAUUAGUCGUGCUGAAGCAUAUAUAUUAAAUGAAAAUUAUGAAGCUGCAUUAAAUGAUUUUAAACAUGCACAUGAAAUAGAAGAUUCAAAUCGUGUACAUGAUGGAAUAAAACGUGUUGAAAAAUUAAUAAAACAAUCAAAAAAACGUGAUUAUUAUAAAAUAUUAGGUGUAAGACGUACAGCUAAUAAAGCAGAAAUUUUAAAAGCAUAUAGAAAACUUGCUAUUAAAUGGCAUCCAGAUAAAUAUGAAGGUGAUGAUAAGAAAAAAGCAGAAAAAAUGUUUAUUGAUAUAGCUGCAGCAAAAGAAGUUUUAACUGAUCAAGAAAAACGUGCUAGAUUCGAUGCUGGUGAUGAUCCUCUUGAUGCUGAAGAACAAGCUCAACAACAUAAUCCUUUUCAUGGUUUUAAUCCAUUUGGUAGUGGAAAUGGACAAGGUUUUACUUUUCGUUUUCAUUUUAAUUAA